AGUGCAAGCUGUACCAAAGAGUCACAUCCAUUGCAUGGCUGACUUUACAGAUACAUUGUGUUCUUAUUCUUUCAUUGUACAGCAGUUGUCUAUUGAUUGUCAGUUUAACAGUUUAAGCAACUGGGGCUGAAAUUGUGGGUGUAGGAUUCAUCCCAUGCAGUUGGGGGCAGUGCAGUUUUACAACACGACAGUCAGUACACACGCUUCCUUGACAACAUCUUGAUCAGUUGAGGUUGUGUGUCCAGACAACCUCCAUUGUUUUUUAAUACUCUAGCAGUGAAAUUUUAAGUGAAAUUUUCUGUUCGGACCCCCGGUAAAUUACAAUUACAACAUUGCGUUGUACUGGACUACAAAGCAUCGAAAUAUUAAUGUAACGUCGACCGGGAGCCACGCUAAUCUAACUGCACUACUAUCCAUGAAGGUCACUGAAGUUGUUUAUUUUUGCAUGACUUCAAGGAUUAAAGUCCUCCGUCGUAAUGACAGAAAUCCAUCAGAAGGAGGCGCUAAAGGUCAAUCAUGAGAUUGACGCAGAUCAACGGGGGAAAUGGGUUGUGGUGCUGCUAUAAAGAGAAUAGCAGGACAACCCUGAGGGAGAUGAAUCCGGGCAGAGCUCCCGGACGGAGGAAACCUGGGAUUCGCCCAGUGAGGAAGAGGAACAUCUGUACGCUACAUCACCCCCUUAUACCCCACGUCAGAUGAAACGAAUGUCUGGCAAACAUCAGAAAAGCAACCAAUCAAGAAGUGGUGGACGUUCUCCCAGCAAACCCGACCUCAGCCCAUCAGUCCUGAAAGAAAGCCCCCGACCAGCGGAGACACCAGAGGAGCACAGCUACAAGCAGGGCAAGAAACAGAGGGCCACCCUGCGCAACACUGAGAGAGAUCAUAAGAAAACCUUUGAGGACUCAUUCAUGCUGGAUCCGCUGUCUAAGUCGGGCCCCUUUGGUGCCAUCAACAUGGACCCCAGGAAGCACUACCUAAGCUUGGGCUGCAGCAGUUGCAAACUCCCUGUGUCCAUGCCCCACAUCUCCCGCACCCAUCGGCAGACCUCUCGGACAGACUGUCCCGCAGACCGCCUGAAGUUCUUCGAGACACUGCGGCUGCUUCUCAAGCUUACGUCAAUGUCGUCUAAGCGCAAAGAGAAAGAGCAGCGAGGCCAGGAGAUCAUGGCGUUCAUGGGGCAUAACAAUGAAGUCAUUUGGUUGGAGCUACAGGCGUGGCAUGCGCGCCGCUCCAUCAGCGAUCAGGAUUUCUUCCUCUACACCGCCCGCCAGGCCAUCCCCGACCUUAUUAACGAGGUGCUACAUUUCAAGGUGAACUACGACAGCCUGAGACAGGCUCAGUGUUCAGGGUCCCCAACAUUACAACCUGUUAGGACUGAUUCUAAUCGAGGCGUGAAAAAUGAACGUGCGUCCACUCUAGUGGAGCCUAACCACUGUGGAGUCGAUCCAUGGGGCUUUAGUGCUUGCCCCUCCACUGCCAUGAAUGCAGCGGAGCCUCUUGGUUCUGGUGCUGACUGCAGAGAUCACCUACAGAGGCAACGUCUGGCUUUUGACCAGGUCAAGCGAGUUAUGGAACUGCUAGAGUAUGUGGAAGCACUAUACCCCUCGUUGCAAGCCCUGCAAAGGGACUAUGAAAAGUAUGCUGCGCGAGACUUCCAGGGCAGAGUGCAGGCGCUCUGUUUGUGGCUCAACAUAACCCAGGACCUCAACCAGAAACUGCGCGUCAUGGCCACUGUCCUGGGCCUCCGGGACCUGUCUCGCAUCGGCUGGCCCGUCUUCGAGAUCCCGUCACCUCGCUGCUCCCGUGGCAACGAGGAAGACGACAAUGAGGAGGACGAGGAGAAUGACUCCACCGCCACGUUUACAGCGGAAAGUGAAGACGGGGAGGACAGGGAUGCUGAGGAGGAAGCAGAGGAUGAGACCGUGGCAUGUAUUUUUGCUGAGGGGGAGCUAUCACCCACUCGGACUCCCAAAUUCGCUCAGUCACCAUCAGAGGAGUUUCUUCCUAUGGCAGCGUUGGGGAGUCCAGAGGCAGCGGGAGAAGGGGGCAUGUUCUGCCCCACAGCAAUAUACAGGCCCUUUGUGGAUAAAGCACUGAAACAGAUGGGACUGCGCAAACUAAUUCUCAGACUGCACAAAUUGAUGGACCGCUCUCUCCAAAGGUCACGAGCAGCCCUGUUGUGCCACACACCUGCACUGGAGUUUGCCGACUUCCCUGACCCAAUGCUGUACAACGACUACCUGCCGGAGCUGUCCCGCCUCGGUUCCUGCAGUGCUUCGGCUGACCCCGAACUCUGCGCGGACCAGGUGUCGUGGGAGGAUUUGCUGGACAUGGACCUCCCAUCUUUCCGGCCAGCCUUCCUCGUGCUCUGCAGAGUCCUCCUCAAUGUCAUCCACGAGUGCCUAAAACUGCGAUUGGAGCAGAGACCUGCUGGAGAACCUUCUCUACUCAGUAUCAAACAGUUGGUCCGUGAGUGUAAGGAGGUUCUCAAAGGCGGUCUCCUUAUGAAGCAGUAUUAUCAAUUCAUGCUGCGCGGCGUAGUCACAGAUGCUCAGGGCCUCCAGACCAAUACCAACAUUGAUGAGUUUGAGGAGGACCUACACAAGAUGCUUGUGGUUUACUUUGAAUACAUGCACAGUUGGAUUCAAAUGUUGCAGCAGCUGCCUCAGGCCUCUCACAGUUUAAAGAACCUGCUCGAAGAAGAGUGGCACUUCACCAAAGAUAUCACCCCCUACAUCCGUGGAGGGGAGGCUCAGUCUGGGAAGCUUUUCUGUGACAUUGCUGGGAUGCUGCUCAAAUCUACUGGAGAGUUCCUUGAUGCUGGCCUACAAAAGAGUGGCAAUGAGUUCUGGGAAAGUGCCGACGACAGCACUGCUUCUGAUGAAAUUAGGCGCUCGGUGAUCGAGACCAGUCGUUCACUUAAAGAGCUGUUUCAUGAGGCCAGAGAACGAGCGUCCAAGGCGCUGGGUUUUGCCAAAAUGUUACGCAAGGACUUGGAAGUUGCCGCUGAUUUUAGAAUCAUCAAUGGAGUGCCUUCACUCCUGGAAGCUCUCAAGAAGAGAAACUAUGUUAAGGUCCAGAUUCCCGGCCUGGAAGAGCUGCAAGUGUUUGUUCCCUGUGGCCUGCUGGCUCAGCGGCCGCUCAUUCUGCAGUUGCUCAAUGCCGCUGCGGGAAAAGACUGCUCCAAAGAACCCGAUGAUAUGACGGAGGAUGAGGCAUUCCUGCUCAUGAGCAAACACCGGACCACGGUCUUGACGACCGAUUCGGAAUGGGCCCAGUGGGACGGAGAGCUACUUAAACUGGUUCCCACAAUGGAAAUUGUCGACACUUUGAGGGCCAUGAAGGUGGAGAACAUGCUCUUGAUCGUGAUGCAGUCGGCUCACCUAGUGGCUCAGCGGAAGGCAGUUCAGCAGUCCAUGGAGGAUGUGCUCACUCUCAGCCGCGAGCAAACAUCCAGUCAGCCUCUGAUCGCAAGUGCUCUGGAGGAGCUCAAGGAUGAAGCCCUGCAGCUCUGCAUCAAGAUCAGUUCGGCCAUCGACCGAGUGGAGUUCACAUUGGAGUUUGAGGUUGAGGUGGAUGAGUCUGAGUCGUCCACUCUACAGCAGUACUACAGAGAGGCAAUGAUCCAAGGCUACAAUUUUGCCUUUGAGUACCACAAGGAAGUGGUGCGGCUCAUGUCAGGGGAGUACAGGCAGAGGAUCGGUGAACGCUACAUAGCCUUUGCUCGCAAGUGGAUGACGUAUGUCCUGACUAAGUGUGAGAGUGGCCGGGGUACCAAGCCCAGGUGGGCCACACAAGGGUUUGAUUUUCUUCAAGCGAUUGAGCCUGCCUUUAUAUCAGCAUUACCAGAGGAUGACUUCCUGAAUUUACAAGCUCUGAUGAACGAAUGCAUUGGACACGUGAUUGGGAAACCUCAUAGCCCGGUCACUGGCCUAUAUGUUGGGCCCAGAAAUAGCCCUCGGCCUGUUAAAGUCCCUCGCUGUCACAGUGACCCACCAAAUCCAAAUCUCUUCAUCCCCAAUGCUGAACCUUUCAGCUCUCGAAGUCUCCCCUGUGACCUCCGGAAUCAGCUUUUCCCCAACGGCCCUCGGCCUAUCCCACAGGGCCCGGGGGAACACGGACACGCCAAAGCUCCUGGCAGCACCCCCAAUGACGUCAGGGGAUCCAGUUUCCACGAGAACGACCGCUUGUCAUCAGUUGCCGCUGAGUUGAAUUUCAAGUCGCUGAGCCGCCAUUCAAGCCCCACAGAGGAUCGAGAAGAACCUUCUUAUCCAAAGGGCGAUUCCAAUAGCACCACGCGCAGGAGCUGGGAGCUCCACACCUUUAUUAGCCAAUCCAAAGAUUCUGCGGCUCGGCAGAGCCCAUUGGAAGCUGUCCGGCGCUCCAUCCGUAAGUUUGAAGAGAAACGCUAUGCCGUGAUGAAGCAGCGCAACAUCAUUGGUCAAGUGUGUAACACGCCCAAGUCCUAUGACAAUGUGAUGCACGUCGGCCUCAGAAAGGUUACCUUCAAGUGGCAGAGGGGAAACAAGAUUGGUGAGGGCCAGUAUGGGAAAGUGUACACCUGCAUCAAUGUGGACACUGGAGAACUCAUGGCCAUGAAAGAGAUUAGAUUCCAGCCAAAUGAUCACAAAACUAUCAAAGAGACAGCUGAUGAACUAAAAUUAUUUGAAGGCAUCAAGCACCCAAACCUGGUCCGUUACUUUGGAGUGGAGCUUCACAGGGAGGAGAUGUACAUCUUCAUGGAAUAUUGUGACGAGGGCACACUGGAAGAGGUGUCCAGACUGGGACUGCAGGAGCACGUCAUCAGACUCUACAGUAAACAGAUCACCACCGCCAUCAAUGUCCUCCAUGAACACGGGAUCGUCCACAGAGACAUCAAGGGAGCCAACAUUUUUCUGACGUCUUCUGGCCUCAUCAAACUGGGCGACUUUGGCUGCUCUGUCAAGUUACGGAACAACACUCACACUAUGCCAGGCGAAGUCAACAGCACCCUUGGGACAGCUGCAUACAUGGCACCUGAGGUCAUCACCAGAGCAAAAGGGGAAGGUCAUGGCAGAGCAGCAGACGUAUGGAGUUUAGGCUGUGUCCUCAUUGAGAUGGUCACAGGAAAGAGACCUUGGCAUGAGUAUGAGCACAACUUUCAGAUCAUGUACAAAGUUGGCAUGGGCCACAAGCCCCCCAUCCCAGAGAAGCUGAGUACUGAGGGCAAGGACUUCCUGGGCCACUGUCUGGAGAGCGAACCAAAGCAACGAUGGACGGCGAGCAUGCUGCUUGACCACCCCUUCGUCAAGGUUUGUACAGAUGAAGAGUAAACACGAGUUACUUUUGGUCUUUCCAAGCACACACACUGUUGACCACGCAACUGUGGAUUCGUUGACUUUUUGGCUGAAGGCACAUGCAGUUAAACUAAGGAACACAAUCCAUACAGAGGACAUUUGGACCAGUGGACCUUUGUCUUUUGACUUUAAGUGUAUAUAUAAUGUAAGAAUUGCAUCUGCAUUCAUUUCUUGUAUAAACAAUAUUGUAAAGUCAAAAGUAAUUAUUGUUCUCACUGGCUUAAAAACCCGUUGAAAAGGUGUUGAGCAUUACUAUUAUUAUUUUUUAGCAAAUAAAUGGCUAGGGUCUGUAUGUGGUGGUGGGUGGGUACAAAACCUUAUGGCACUUUUACACUGUUUACCUAAGGGGGCAGUUAGUUGAGUAGAGGAGGGAAGAAUCUCAUUUCAGUUUAUCUUCUGCGCCUUGGGGGGUGUUGCCGAAUGGAAGGAACUGCAGCUUUUGAAAACCAUCCAAAUAUAUUUAUCUCUCACCAAGUGUGAGCAAUGGGAAGGAUUUUUUUUUUUUUUUUUUAAUUUUACUGAAAAAGCUGAAAGUAUGAAUCCUGCGCUACCCAUACGACAGAGGAUGAACGUGGCCUGCCCCCACUCUGCUGCUCGAGUCUUGCUGCUCUGUUUGCAAUGUACAAACAAUAAUAAACCAACAUUUUUUUAAAGAAACUUGU